AGAAUCUGGGGGCAGCAGUGGCCAUUCUAGGAGGCCCUGGCCCUGUGCAGGGGGUGGUGCGCUUCCUACAGCUGACCCCUGAGCGCUGCCUCAUUGAGGGAACCAUUGAUGGCCUGGAGCCUGGGCCACACGGACUCCAUGUCCAUCAGUUCGGGGACCUCACAAGGAACUGCAACAGCUGUGGGGACCACUUUAACCCUGAUGGAACAUCUCAUGGGGGCCCUCGGGACUCUGACCGGCACCGGGGAGACCUGGGGAACGUCCACGCUGAUGCUAAUGGCCAAGCCAUCUUCAGGAUAGAGGAUGAGCAGCUGAAGGUAUGGGAUGUGAUUGGCCGAAGCCUGGUCAUUGAUGAGGGAGAAGACGACCUGGGCCGGGGCGGCCAUCCCUUAUCCAAGAUCACGGGGAACUCAGGAGAGAGGUUGGCCUGUGGCAUCAUUGCACGCUCCGCUGGCCUUUUCCAGAACCCCAAGCAGAUCUGCACCUGCGACGGCCUCACCAUCUGGGAGGAGCGAGGCCGGCCCAUUGCUGGCAAGGGACGAAAGGAACCGUCGCAGCCAUCCCAGCCCCCCGCCCACCUCUGAGCAAGGCCUCCGCCUCAGUCUCAGGUCCACCAUCCUCCCAGCUGAUGCCAUCCUCCUCCAGGGGAUGGGGGAGCCCUGCUUGCCUAGUCCGAGAACAAGGGUACGGGGUGUGCAGGGAUUGCUGUGACGCUCCCUUGGCAAAGUAAAGUUUUUCUAUUCAUAUGGAA